AGGAGCGGAAGAGCAUGCCGUACAAAAGACUGCUGCCGAGAUUGGAAGUCCUCAGCACGCCGUCCGAGCGGUACCGCUGCAGACCAGUGGAUAGCGAUUGGGAUCCGUUCAAGGUAUCACCGAGAGCCAAGACCUUCGUGGCGACUGCGCGGCUGGAGAGGCUGUCCAGGCCGAGAUCUUACCCCCAGGUCAGAUGAAGCAGCAAGGACCUGGACAUGGGCUUCGCCCACAUCGGUUAGGCCGGCGUCGAAACCACGCACUACCCCAACCACCCCUCUCUGUUGUUGAGCCUGGCACGACAGCUUGGAAGAAGAUAAAAGAAGAGUUUGGAGAAGAAAUUCUACUGCCUUCUGGAAAAUUAAAUCGUGAAAAGUUGGGAGAGAUCAUAUUUGGUGAUAUUGACAAGCGAAGAAAACUGAAUGAGUGGACUCAUCCAGAAAUCCAUCGUACAAUUAUGUUCGAGGUUCUCAGAUACUUUUUGGCAGGUCAUCGUUAUGUUGUUUUGGACCUGCCCCUGCUAUUUGAAAGUGGAGUUAUGCUCAGUUACAUCUAUAAGAUCAUUUGUGUAACCUGCACUCCAGAGCAGCAACUCGAAAGGUUGAUCAAACGCAACAGUAUGUCAAAACACCUUGCUGAGCAGAGAAUUGCUGCACAGAUGCCCUUAGAGGUCAAGUGUGAAAAGGCUCAUUACAUCAUUGACAACACGAGUGACAUUGAAAAUACUCGCGUUCAGGCAAAGCGGGUCAUUGGUAUUCUUAAUGACUCUUGGGAGCAUUGGAGAAUCCGUCUCUACAUUGGAGUUUUAGCCGCAGUGGUGUUUUUACCAAUCUUGUAUUGGUGGUAUUAUGUAUGAACCAAUGAAUGAGGAUAUGGCAAAAGGCUGCUUCAAUUCGACAUUUGAUCUGUUUCAUUCUUUAAAUGAUAAAUUUGAAUUUGUUGAAUGAAAUCUUUAGAACUGAAUACAAGACUUUUGUAAGUAUUUUCUCUGAUAAACAGUGUGUAGUAUGUUUUGUAUAUUGAACGCAAAGAGGGCCAUGUAUAGAUUUCUAACUGCGUAGAAUGAAGCAUAUUUCAUUAUUUUAACAUUCCAUGGUAUUCCAAGCCUUAGUCGAACCCUUUCUAGAAAAACUUUGACUUGUCCAAAGUCAAAAAUUUGUUGUCAUUGACCAGUAUGUAUUUGGAUAAGUGUUUAUGCCUCUGUAAGAUAAUUUUAGUUUUCUUUCAUGUUAAUUGUUUGUUUCCCUUGUACUUCCCCCUUCUGUUGGUGUGUUUGAAAUACAGGCACAAAAUUAACAAGCUUUUCCACCAAAA